ACCUACGCCCUGGCCGCAUCCACACGCCCUGCCAACCUCAUAGCCCUGAGCACCGACACCCAGGAACAGCCGGCGGCCGGCGCCCCUCCGCGGAAGUGCAGGCCGACCAGACCAAGAGCCCUGCCAGGCCUGCAGCCCCCACUCUCGGCCCCUCACCCGGGAGUCUGGAACCCUCCGCCAGGAGGCUGGGCUCCUCCCUCAGUUUCCUGGGCUCCUCCCUCAGUUUCCUGGGCUCGGCCCCGGCUCCCGAUGCACGGUGGCCCCCAGCUCAGCCCUGUCUCUCCCUGGCUGACAGUGGUGCUGAUCGGCGAGUCGGGCGUGGGGAAGACCAACCUGCUGUCCCGGUUCACACGGAACGAGUUCAGCCAGGACAGCCGCACCACCAUCGGGGUCGAGUUCUCCACCCGCACGGUCAUGCUGGGUACGGCCGCCAUCAAGGCGCAGAUCUGGGACACGGCUGGCCUGGAGCGGUACCGAGCCAUCACCUCCGCGUACUAUCGUGGCGCGGCGGGGGCCCUGCUGGUAUUUGACGUCACUAAGCACCAGACCUACGCUGCGGCGGAGCGCUGGCUGAAGGAGCUCUACGAUCACGCCGAGGCCACGAUCGCGGUCAUGCUCGUGGGCAACAAGAGUGACCUCCAGCAGGCCCGGGAGGUGCCAACAGAAGAGGCCCGAAUGUUUGCUGAAAACAAUGGGCUGCUCUUCCUGGAGACCUCAGCCCUGGAUUCCACCAAUGUCGAGUUGGCCUUCCAGACGGUCCUCAAAGAGAUCUUCACCAAAGUGUCCAAGCAGAGGCAAAGCAGCAGCCGGACCAACGCCAUCACUCUAGGCGGUGCCCAGGCUGGGCAAGAGCCGGGCCCAGGUGAGAAGAGGGCCUGUUGCAUCAGCCUCUGACCCCGGCCUGCCCCUGCCCGGCCCCCGCUGGCUUUUUGGUGCCCCGCUCCCACCCCGGGUCCAGGAUCUCUCCCUGCCCUGUGGUUCCAGAUGUCAGAGUGGCCCCACGGAGCUCCACGAGCUUCCCACCCCCCCCACCCCCGUAUCUCUAUUACCUGUCCCUCCCCAAAUCUGCCCCGCCACCACCACACAGAUCAAGUCUUCAAAUAAAGCUGUGUUUUG